AUCCGACGGAUUCAAUUCGAUUUCAGACUUCAGAGCGUUCGGACGUGUUCGGAAAAAAUACACUGAAGCCACCCCGGAGUGUCUUGAAAGCAAACCCAGUGGAAAGCAGUCAGUCAACUGUUGUCGCUGAUCGAGAGCGUUUCGUUUCGUUCGUCGAGUGAAAAGUGAAAACCAAGUCCAAGCACCGUUUUUGGCCAAAAUAACAAAAAGUGAUUCAGAGCCAGAGCCGAACUAGCCUCUGCUCAAAACUAAAAGUGUGAACUUCAAUCAUUUUGGAUUACAAUUGCCGUCGCAUUUUUGUGGAUUACCUUCUUCAUCGGCGCCGAAGCGAAGCUACAAAUUAAUUUUGUAGCUUUGUCUCGCACUUUCUGUGGAUUACCCUAAUUGCGAUCCCAAACCAACUCCAAGCAGCUAAAAUGGUUGUUUUGGAAGGCGGCGGCGGCGUUGUUACCAUCGGUAACAACCAGUACCUUCAACCGGAUUAUCUGGCUCCAUUGCCGACAACGAUGGAUGCCAAAAAGAGUCCUUUGGCUCUUCUCGCACAGACCUGCUCCCAAAUCGGAGCUGACUCCUCGGCCGUCAAGCCUCUGAUGGCCAUGGACAAAAAUAAGACAAAGCCCGGCGCCUGCUCCUCGUCUUCGAACUCGUCGAGUUCCUCCAGCAGUGCCGAGAUCUCAGCGGCCAAGUCGCCCUCCGGCCAGGCCAAGUCGCCCAAAUCGAGCACCCCGAUCAGCGCCACAGUCACCGGAAACAGCUCCUCCAUGGGCAGCAACCACAGUACCACCACAACCAGUGAAAUCAAACUGGCCUUCAAGCCCUACGAGACAAAUGUGCUGAGCCACCAGAACCAGAACACUUUCAAGAGCAGCUCGUCCUUGGAUGCAGAGCCCACACGCCCCAGCUCCAAGAGCUCUUCGUCCGCCCAGGAGCGAGUGCCAUCCCGCAGCAAGUCAAACGCCACGCCCACGGAGGGCGGCAAGUCGGAGGCCAUGGGCCACGAUUCGGCCAGUCGGAAGACUGUCUCCCCGUCGGGAUCUUCGCAGCGCGGCGCCAGCCCCAUUGUCCGGUCGGGCAUGGAGGUGCUAAACAACGCCAACGGAACUGCCCAGCACCCCAAGGAGAUGAGCAGCAUGGCGGCGGCUGCUGCUGCGGCUGCGGCCGCUUACAAGGCUGCCGGUCCAUAUGGACUGAAUCCCCUCUCCGCCCUGUGCUGCCCGCCCGGAAUGGAGCAACACGCGAAUCCAGCUUUCCGGCCGCCCUUCGCUGGAGGAUUCUCGCACCACCACGCUGCCAUGCUGGCUGCCGCUGCCAACGGUGGCUAUCCCGGCGGAGCUCCGGGUGGAGGACCAGCUGGCCAGCCCAACCCGUACAUCAGCUACCAGAGGAUUAAGACCCCGGCCGGAGGAGAGGCCAUUGUUCCGGUAUGCAAAGAUCCCUAUUGCCCCGGCUGCCCCUACUCGGCGCACACGCAACAGAUGCUUAUGGGUGCCCCCUGCCCCGCCGGCUGCACCCAGUGCGAGCACCAGAAGUACGGCCUGGCGAUGGCCAGUGCCGCCGGACUUCCGCCAGCCCAUCCUUACUCGCAGGCGGCGGCGGCUGCAGCUGCCAACGCAGCGGCCGCCCGCUCGGCCCCCUACGUCUGCAGCUGGGUGGUGGGCGAUGCCUACUGCGGCAAGCGGUUCCAGACCUCCGAUGAGCUCUUCACCCACCUGCGCACCCACACCGGAAAUCUGUCGGACCCAGCCGCCGCGGCCGCUGCCCUUGCGCAGUCGCAGGCUCAGUCGCUGCUGGGAACACUGUUUCCGCCAUCCGCUCUGCGGGCCGGUUAUCCCACGCCACCCCUGAGCCCCAUGUCGGCAGCGGCGGCGGCAGCUCGCUACCACCCAUACGCCAAGCCACCGCCAGGUGCUCUGGCCGGAGGUCCGUCGCCGUUCGGUGCCGCAGGAGCCUUCAACCCGGCUGCGGCGGCGGCAGCGGCCGCCCUCGGCCCCUACUACUCGCCAUAUGCCAUGUACGGCCAGAGGAUGGGAGCCGCGCAUCAGUAAGGAGUGGUCGCCAGUAGAAAUACCAAAAAGGACUAGAAUCGCAAAACCAGA